CGAAGGAAACGAUAUUUUCUCUUCAUGCGACAACUGCUACUAUCUAGAGCACCUCCCAUCUGGAUAACCCCCCUCCCGGACGCAACCCCACCACAGCCGACCGGGACAACCACGUCCAGCGUACAAUCAACGUCUACGGGCCUUCAUUUCAAGCCCCGUCCCUGCUAUCUCCCCGAGGACGUCUUCCGUGAAAUAUGCUUAUACCUCUCCGAUCGGGAAAGGCUCACAUUCUCUUUGUCUUCGAAAGCGUUUUACGUGGCCUUUCCUCCCCGCCCGACGAAUUUUAUUUGCAGGAGAAUCUCACACGCUGCUUCGCUGAGCCGCUACCUAGCCAGCAAUCCAGGGAACGCGGCCCAUCUGGCGUCUCUCAGUAUCAACUUUCACCGACCUCGCGAUGUACACAAGGCGUCAGAUUAUCUCCGCAAAAUCCUCUCGGCGGCUCGGAACCUUCGUCAUCUCACCUGUGGCAACGGGGCACUGGAGAACGCGCUAGUCAGGCGCGCAGUAGAGGCCCUUCCCUCCCUCUUGCAUCUGACAGUAUACCGACCGAAGAGGGCCGCCUUCACUACGACUUUAUACCCUCAGUGCCUUGUCUCGCUUCACAUCGUUUAUGGUGGUGGCGAAUUUGAUUGGAGCGACUUGGCUGGACUGCUCUCUCAUCUGCCCAACGUGAUGGAGCUGGAGCUGGUAGACUCAAGCUUCAGCUAUCCUGACGCCAGUGGUGAAGGCUUUGACGCCGAAUCCGGUACUUUCAAGCCCCCAAUCUCACACCCCACGCUUCGCAGACUAGUCGCCUCAUCGACUUCCAGCUGGAGAGACCCUAGAGGAUACACGUGGCCAACGCGCUUUCCCAGCCUUUGGUAUAUCGGACGACAGUUCCCUAAUCUCAAUACGCUCGUUCUGGAUGACACGCCCCUCCCGGUUGAUGAAGGGGACGAACCUAGAUAUAUAGUAGGAUGGAACGGCGCCCAUGCAUUGACAAGACUUACCGUGCGAUCCGAUUCGCUCACGCCAUCCCUCUGGACCGCCCACGUUGUGGAGCUGGAGUUUACGUCCCAGCUCCGCUGGUUCGAGUACGAGGGUAUCGAGCAGGACUUCUCGUCUAUGGUUAUAUCGCUCAGCGACAUCCUCUUCGAACACGCCUUAUUUGAGCUCAAGACGCUGCCACUCAUGUUUCUAUGCAUCGCGGCUCCGUACACGCAUGACCCGUCUAUAUCAGAUGACGCUGAGCAGGAGCAUUGCAAACAAUUGCUAGAGCACGCCGUGGUCGCCCUACCCAGACUCCGUUACCUCGCGUUGGGACAAAUGCCGGAAAGGCGAGGGAUACGGACGCGAUGGCGGUGGUGGCGCUUUAUUAGGGACACCGAGCGGAUUGAGGUCAGAGAGGUACCAGCAUGGGAAGGCGAGAGGGUGAGGGAGUAUAUGCGCGAUGUCGAUGUGGCCAGCGCAGAUGCCUUUGACGACCGAUUCGAAGCCCUUCGAUAGGUAAUAAU